GCUUUCCAGCCAGCGGGGGCCACGGGGACGUUUUCUGCCUGGUUAUGAGACCGACACUGAGGAUGGGGUGGGAGUGAGAUCCCUGAGGGCACAGCUGGCCUGUGCUCGGCACAAGUGGCUGCGUUCUCACCUCUCCCCACUCCCUCCUCACCCUCAGCCACCUUUUGGACACGGGGGCCAUGCCAUGGGUGCGCUGUGGGUGCUGGGGACCCUGUGGUCCCUUUCUGGGUGGUGGCACUGCCAGGACCCCGGCGCUGUUUUGGGGGCUGGGCUACCUGCAUACAGCAGUCAGGGUUUUCUUUUCUCCUCAAUGCAUGAAAACAAACCUCAGGAGAGCAUUUUUCUGCCUCUGCCUUGAGCACACCUGCUCCAGAGACAGUUUUUUUGGCGGCACCAAAGCCUUUAGGGGCACGGAUAUCACCUGAGCAGCCCUCUGGGCUUCACACCCUGCUUCCAGGCACGUAAUUGCCCUUUACCCGAGCUUAAAAUCCAGCUCCCAGCCUGCCCGUGGCGAUCACACCCGUGCUGUGCAGCAGAGCCCCUCUGUCUGCACGUCACAGCGACCAUCCUCCGACGUCGGCGCAGCAGCAGCAGCAGCACCAGCCCCGUGCGUGGCGCACCGAAUUCAGCCGGGCUGAGCUCCCAGCUCCUCACCAGCACAGCUCCCUCCCCGGCGGCCCGAGAAAGAUCAUUUGCAAAGCAAGGGGAAAAUAAAGCCUGAGCGUGGCCAGCCGAGUGACGACUGACGUCCAGAGCCCUGUGCUGCUGCUCCCCUGGCGGGCAGGAUUACGGGCACGGCUGGUUUUGCUGAUGCAGCGAGCGCAGGGCGGCCGCGCUGAUCUGUCCUGAGGCCGGGCCAGUGGCUGUGACGCUGCAGCAAGCGGUGUCCGAGGCUGGGAGGAUGCAGGGAUGCUCCACACAUGCCAGCAGAAAUUGCUGGGGAGCGAGGGUGCUGCCGGCUGGGAGCUUGGGGUGGGCUCCUGGGGGGCGCAGGGGGUGCGCCGGGGGUCCCCGUGCCCGCUCCCUGCUCUGUGCUGCAGUCACUGACUGGUGUCGGAUCCUCCAGCCCUGUCCUGGGGCAGGGAAUGGAGCCCCCCUGAGCCCUCCACAUCUUUUUGGGCAAUUUUGGGGCAGGGCUCGGGCUCACCUGGGGUGGGAGCUGGCACCCCGGCCCUUGGGGGAGAGGAGCUGGCACCGAGGAAAGCUGCAGGGAGAGGGCUGAGAUGUGCUUGGCAGGAGCGGCCGCUUUGCAUCCGAAUGGCUCUGCUGUGCCAGGAUGAGUCACCCUGUGCAGGAGAUGGGGAACGUGUCCCCUGGGGGGGAUGAGGACAGCCUGGAAGGCCACAGCCACCCCCUUCUGUCCCCGCUCCAGCAGUAACGGGGGGCUGGCGAGGUGUGCUGCUCACCCCCACGAUGUCCUGCUGCUGCCUGGCCCCACAGGGUCCUGCAUCCCCCAUCGGUGUCUUAUGGGGUCUCACCUCCGUCCCCACUUCUGCCAGCAGGGCCAUCACCCCGGGACUUGUCCCAUGGAGAUUUCCUGCCCUCUGUCCUACCCACAGGGCUGCAAAAAACCCAGGAGCCAGUAGCAAGACCGCUGCGGGGAGCGAGCGAGGAAAACCGCAGGCACAGCAGGGCUGCUGAAGACACCAAGAGGUGACGGGGACGUGCGGGUCCCCCAGGGCUCCUCCUUGCGUCCCCCAGCUCGCCACCAGGCACCCCGUGACCACCGGCCCCGCGGGGGAGAUGCCGGGGGGGCUGCUCAACCGCGGCACCCGGCGCCCGCUGCCGCUCGCCGCCUCCGAGGUGACCUCGUGCGUCAGCGGCUACGCCUGCGGGGUGACGGCCUCGCUCACCUACCGCAACCCGGAGGCGCAGCCGUGCGAAGGGCUCUUCGUCUUCCCCCUGGACGAGCACACAACCGUGGUGGGGUUCGAGGCGGCGGUGUGCCGGCGUGCCAUCACCGUGCAGAUCAAGGACAAGGCCAAGAUCGAUGCCACCUAUUUCGACGGCUGCGGCCUCCCCGACGGACAAGCUCACGACAGGAGCGGAAGGAUUGUGUUGGACGAGGACUUGGAGAGGAUCGCUUUUGUGGCUAGCCUGGGCACGAUUCCUCCCCUGGAAAGCAUCUCCGUCUUCAUCAGCACCUCCUCGGAGCUGCAGACUCUGCCCAGCGGGGCCGUGAGGGUCCUGCUGCCAGCUGUGUGCGUCCCCAGGGUCCCGCAGCACAGCUCGGAGAGCUCCAGCACCCUUCCUGCACACCAGCUCCGGACAGCCAAGCCCUGCUGCGGAUCGGGGAGCCCGGAGCAGGGCAGCAGCUCCUGCCUGGCCCAGCUGCUGGAGAGCGAGGCCACCAACCCCUCCGAGUACGAGUUCAGCUUCCACCUGGAGAUCCGGGGGCCGUGCUUGCUGGCAGGCGUCGAGAGCCCCACGCACAAAAUCCGCGCGGACGCUGACCCCUCGGCUCGCUCGGCGAGGAGCAUCGUCAUCACGCUGGCCGACAAGCACACCUUCGACAGGCCCGUGGAGAUCCUGAUCCACCCCAGCGAGCCCCACAUGCCUCACAUCUUGAUGGAAGGCGGCGAUAUGACGCCCGCGGAGUACGAGCGGCACCUGAAGGGGAAGAACGAUUUCAUCAAAGGCACCAAGAAGGACCCCAGCGCCCAAAAAAAGACAGAAAUCAUCAGGAAGCGCCUGAACAAGGACAUCCCCCACCACCCUGUCGUCAUGCUGAACUUCUGCCCGGACCUGCGGACGGCCCAGGAGGAUCUCCGCAAAGCCCCCGGCGAGUUUAUCUUCCUGGUGGACCGCAGCAGGAGCAUGAGCAGCGGCAGCAUCGACCGCGUCAAGGAUGCCCUGCUGGUCCUCCUGAAGAGCCUGACCCCCGCCUGCCUCUUCAACAUCGUGGGCUUCAGCUCCACUUUCAAGGCGCUGUUCCCCGCCAGCAGGAGCUACUGCGAGGAGAGCCUGGCCGUCGCCUGCGAGAGCCUCAGGAGGAUGCGGGCUGACAUGGGCAGCACCAACAUCUUGUCGCCCCUGAGGUGGGUCGUGCGGCAGCCGAUCCCCAGGGGCCACCCCCGGCUGCUCUUCCUGCUGACGGCCGGGGCCGUGGGCGACACGGGGAAGGUCCUGGAGGUGCUGAGGAACCACUCGUCCUCCACCAGGUGCUACAGCUUCGGCAUCGGCCCCAGCGCCUGCAGGAGGCUGGUGCAGGGGCUGGCCACCGUGUCCAGGGGCAGCGCCGAGUUCCUGGCCGAGGGCGAGCGGCUGCAGCCCAAGAUGAUCAGGUCGCUGAAGAAGGCGAUGGCGCCGGUCCUGAGCGACGUGUCCGUGGAGUGGGUCUUUCCCGAAAGCACUGAGGUCUUGGUGUCCCCGCUCAGCACCAGCUGCCUCUUCCCCGGUGACCGCCUGGUUGGCUACGGCGUCGUCUGCGACACCUCGCUGUACCUCUCCAACCCCCGAUCCGACAAGAGGCGGCGGUACAGCAUGAUGCGCUCCCAGGAGUCGAGCAGCUCGGUUUUCUUGCACUCCCAGGAAGAGGGAGCCAGCACGGAGAGCUGGAGCUACCCGGAGGGGGCCGAGCGUGCCCCGGAUCAGCUGGCGGUGGGCAGGGACCCCGGCGGAGAAUCGGACACGGACACGGGAACUGAUGCCAAGACAUCCUCCAGGAGACGGGCGUUCAGUGCCAACCAGGUCACCAGCCACGAGCCCCUCCGCAAGGAGCCCACGGCCAGCGAUCCGGGCAGCGCCCUGCUGAGGAAUCCCCUGCGCAAAGCCCACCUGCAGGACCUGCAGCAGCUCAGCCCCGAGCCGUGCCCGCUGGAUUUCCAGCCCUUCACCACCAGGAUCCGUGGCGCGGGUGCCCGCCGGCCGUCCCUGCUGCACGGGAGCUGCGUGUCCUCCUGCCAGCACCCCGAAUCCCCGCCAGUGCCCGAGGCUGCUGCUGGACAGGGCUUGGGGCCGCUGGAUGCCAGCAGCAGCCUGAGGUCCUCAUCCGACAGCCGAAGCCCCGGGGAGCCCGAAGGCGCCCAGCAUCCGUCCUUCACCUUCGAGACGGAGACCUCCUCCGACUGGGAGCCCCAGGACUGGGAUUUCGGCGCCGCCCGGGGCUCCCCGUGCUCGCCCCGUGCCACCUGCAAGGCGGUGGUGAAGGGGCUGCGGGGCGGCGAGCCCGUGCAGUGGGAGGUCGCCUUCGACAUCCGCCCGCUCCUCCGCGAGCGGGGCAGCCGGGAGGAGGGCGACGAGGACCUGUGGAGCGAGACCUUCCACCACCUGGCAGCCAAAUCCGUCAUCCGGGACCUGGAGCAGCUGGCAGAGAGGGAGUGUGAAAUCGAGCACGGGUCAGGCCGGCGGCACCAGCUCAGCGCCGUGCACACCAGCAAGGCCUGCAACAUCAUCAGCAAGUACACGGCGUUCGUGCCGGUGGAUCUGAGCACCAGCACCUACCUGCCCCCCAGCGUCGCCUACACCCGCACGGGGCCAGCGGCCAGGCAAGGCAGCCCGAGGAGCCUCAGCUCGGGACACAGGAGGCACCGCGGCGGUUCUGCGGCGUGUCCCCUGUCACCCUGCGGCCAGGACGGGGAUGAUGGAUUUCAUGGCACAGAUGCGGACGAGGCCGGGCCGUCGCCCUGCAGCACCCCGCUGUCCUCCAGCUGCCGUCCCCCAGAAGCGCCGUCCCAGAGCCUGGCUGCCUCUUCUGCACAUUCCCCAAAACCCAUCGAGAGUCUCUUUGCUGCGAGGCUGACCCUCCACAAAACCAGGCUGCUGACUCGAGCUGCCAAGGGUUUCAUGAACAAAUCCCCGGGCAGAACGAGCGAGGCCAGCUCGGAGAGCGACAGCGAGAGCAUCGACUACCUUCCUCUGGUGUCCCUGCAGCUGGCCUGCGGCGCCUUCCUCCUCAACUCAGCCUUCUGCGAGGCGCUGGGCAUCCCCAUGGAGAAGCUGAAGCGCACCUCGCCUUUCUCCUGCCACCGCCUGGCGCUCAGCCCCUCCGCCCCCAGCAGCUCCAGGAAGGCCGUGCCCGGCGGGGAGCGCGCAAACCUCGGGCACGACGGGCAGCACCCAGUCCCCGAUGGCACCCGCGGGGCCGUCAGCCCCUCCGAGGACGCAGCCGGCCGCCCUCGCCACUUCUCGGGGAGCGCCGUGGAGAGCAUCUCCAAAUCCCUGCGAGCCGAGAGCGAGCUGUCCCCGCCGGCCAUCACCAUCCGCCGCUUCUCCUCCCCGGAGCAGCACGGCCCCGAGGUGCAGGCUCUGCUGGCCGACAUCGAGCUGCGGCGGCAGACGGAGCCCGAGGGGAUGCUGUGGGCCACGGCCGUGGCGCUGGCCUGGCUGGAGCACAGCUCGGCCGCCUACUUCGUGGAGUGGGAGCUGGUGGCGGCCAAAGCCAGCCUGUGGCUGCGGGAGCAGCGCUUCCCGCAGGGCUGCAGCCUGGCAGCGGUGAAGGCGGCGGCCCAGCAGCUCUUCGUCUUGCUCAGGCACUGGGAGGAGAACCUGGAGUUCAACCUGCUGUGCUACAACCCCGGCAGCGUGUAGGGAGCUUGGGGAGGACAAGAGGAGAGGUUCAGGGACCUGUCCCCAAGGCAGCAGCCGGCGCUGUGCCUUAGGAGCUGGAGGCGCAGAGCGCGGCCCCCUCCGAGCAGGAGCACCCUGCGUGAAAACAGCAAAAGGAAAUUUAAUUCCCUGCCAAAAUGCCAAAACUUCCCAUCCUCCUUUCCACCCAGGAGCCUGCUGUGCCCUCCUGGGGGGCUCUGCCCUCCCCAGCCACAAGUGACACCCCCCCCAUCUCCACUCCUUGCUUCCCUGCUGCUGAGAGAACAUUUUCCAGCCCAAAGCUCGCUUGUUACUAGAAGUCAGUGGCGUUCCCGACUUCAGUACAGCUUUCAGGCAUUAUUAUUUAUUUAUAUAUUUAUUUUCGUUAGCUUUCUGCUGGAGAAAGGCCCUGGUUCUGUUUCAGCUGCGCUGAUUUUGUCUGGGGGGGGGGGGGGCUUGGAAAAAAAACGAAGGAAGCGCAGCUGAGUGACGGGCACGCAGGUUUUGGCUCCUCCGCUGAGCAGGGAUGGGUAGGACGGGGAGUGUGAGAGGAAGAGAUGAAAACUGCAGCUGGAGAGUGUUGGAAAACAGCGGGAAAAUGUGGCAAUAUUGGCAAGGCUGUUCCCUUUGAGACAAAGCAUCUUCUCUUUUAAACCUCCCGGCGGGGGAAAGCCUCCUCUCGGCUCCCCAGCAGAGCGCCGGGAGCCAGGAGGGGCUUUGCAGGAAACCUUUUGCUUUUUCUGACCGGAGCUGGUGGGGAUGGGCAUCUUCACGGCUCUGUUAGCGCUGGGGUUGUUGCCUCUUCUUGCUCCCAAAGCAACGAGUCCCAGCUCCAGCCCGCUUUUUGCUGUAAAAAAGCAUCAGGGAGAGCUGCCACGGGGCUGUUUUGGUGCCAAACAGCCUGGUUUGCGGCAUGAUGCAGCUCGUGAGCAAAACCUACCUCUGGUUCCCUGCCCUCCCCUGCCCACUGCCACCCCUCAGCUCCCCAGGAUUUCCCCAGCAGGGUUUAUCCCCGGGCACAGCACCCCAAGCCCUGCCCGCCUCACCGCUUGCUGGCUUCCCGAUCCCUUUGUCUCCCCAAAAUCCCAGAAUCUCUCCCGGAGGCUGCCUCAGCGCUCUGCUCGCCCGCAGCCACCGGCAAAAUGAGUUCCCAACACGGGGGCUGCUGGAGCCGGCAGCUCCCCUGUGCCGGGUUCAGGCUGGGUGCUCAGGGUGUUGGCACAGCCCUUCCUGCGUCCUCUUUUUGGGGAGAGGGGCCAAAAGGGGCUGGUGCUGCUCUUACUGCUCUCCAGCAUCCCACAGAGAAUCUCUUGGUACUGGAGGAUGCUCCAGAAUGGCACCAAGGCUUCAGUGGGUGAGCAUCCUUCGGCACCUUGCCUUCUCCCCUCAGUGUGCAGCAGCCUCGCCGCGUCUCAGCAGGUUCCUGGUGUCCGUGUGUGUCCGUCCAGGGGGUCCCCGAGUGUCCCUGCCUCGUGUCACCUCGCCGGGGUCCCCAUCUCCGCCGGGGGCUCCUUGGCACCGUCGCGUUCUCCGUCGCAGCCGUGUCGUUGUCCCGGUGAAUCAGAGCCCGCUUGGUUUGUCCGCCGUGGGUACGCCGUUUUGGGGUCUCUGUGCGCAGUGUGGUGUGAGUUGUGUAGGAAAACAACAACAAAAAAUCAAACAAAAUACACAAAAAUCCACCUCC